UUUCAAGUACAGUUCAUAUUUUCGGCCACACAGUUUGAACAGUAACACUGUGUUUGAAUAUAGAGGAGAAAAAAAUCCCCCAAAAACUGUACUUAAAUCAAGUGAUUCUUGGGCACACCACUAGAUGGAGCCCGCGUACCACAUUUGGAGAAGGACUGGAAUAAAAAUGUCUAAAGAAGACACUUACACUUGUGGACUUGAGUCCAGCAGAGUCCCCACUGGACACCUCCUGGCUCGGCUCUGUCUCCCACGUUGAGUCGUAUUCGCAGUAAAACUCAUCCAUGGUCCUGACCUCGUACUCUUCGCCCCACUCCUCCUCGUCAGCUGGUGGUUUGGAGAUGACAACUUCCACCUCCUGCAAGGAGUUUUCACACUCGACGUCCGGUUCGCGGACGUCGUCGUCGUCGUCCCGCGGUCCUAAAAGUCGACCCCUGGUAAAUGGAAAAACUAUUCUUGCAAUCCAUCGCCAUGACGAAACGAGCCCACGCCAAGCGGCCAGGAAGAAGACGGCAGCCAUCGGAGCCGCCGUGUUCGAUGCGCUCGAGUCCGGGAGAGAAGUGUCCAAGCUGAGGGCGCUGGAGGAGAAGCUGGCUGAGCUGAGGGAGAAGUACCACUUAGCUGAGGACGACUUCAGGGAGAUUGAGAGCGUGGUCCUCCAGUCGGAACCUCACCGAGCAGGAACUCAGUGGAAGUUCAACGGAGCCUUCUACUUUGCCAUCACGGUCAUCACCACAAUUGGGUAUGGCCAUGCUGCCCCACGGACUGACGCCGGAAAGGCCUUCUGCAUGUUUUACGCUGUCUUGGGCAUCCCCCUAACGCUGGUCAUGUUCCAGAGCCUCGGCGAGAGGAUCAACACCUUUGUGUCUUUCCUCCUGCGUCGAGCCAAGCAAAGCCUGGGCUUCCAGAAGACAGCCGUGUCCAUCGGCAACAUGGUCAUUGGGGGUCUGCUGUCGUGCAUCAGCGCCUUGUGCAUCGGAGCAGCCGCCUUCGCUCACUUUGAGGACUGGACAUUCCUCAACGCCUACUACUACUGCUUUGUCACGCUCACCACCAUCGGCUUUGGGGAUUUUGUGGCCCUGCAGGAGAACGACGCUCUCCAGAAGCGUCCCUCCUACGUGGCCUUCAGCUUCAUGUAUAUCUUAAUCGGGUUGACAGUAGCUGGAGCUUUUCUUAACUUGGUAGUUCUGAGGUUUCUCACUGUUAGCACACAUGAACGGCGUGGAGUCGCGGGGGGGGAGCAAGCCCCCACGCAACUAGUGGAGGUGGAAACUUCCGAGAGAGGGUCUAAGGAAGGCAACGAUGGGCACCACAACCUGAGUCUGCCCAUGGAUGCAGGCAGCAGCCGCUUCAACCUCCUCCCGUCUGCUGCCGAGCAGAGAGAGCACUCGAAACAGCCUAAAAUCGAGCGUUUUCGGGUGCUGUUCUGCUGCUUGGACUUGACCAGCAGCCAGACCCACUGUGAGCAGGAGGGCGGCCUCAGCAACCCCGUCUUUUACAACUCCAUCUCCUACAAGAUAGAUCAAGCCUCCUGCAGCUCCAACACCAUGUCACCACAAUCUUCCCCUAGCGGCACGACCCUCUAUUUGGGCAGGAAUCAUCUUCGUAGUAGGAGGAAGUCUUUAUAAGAAAGACCCUUUUGGAUACAUCCCCAACUACUUUGAUUGUGUUUUCACUCAUAAUUCUCAACAUUCGACAAUGCAACAUAUACUAUAUUGCCAAAAGUAUUUGGCCACCCAUCCAAAUGAUGAGAAUCAGGUGUUCUUAUCACUUGGCCCGGUGUUUAAAAUCAAGCACUUACGCAUGGAGACUGUUUCUACAAACAUUUGUGAAAGAGUGGGCCGCUUUCAGUGAUUUCCAGCGUGGAACUGUCAUAGGAUGCUACUAGAGAUGUCCGAUAAUAUCGGACUGCUGAUAUUAUCGGCCGAUAAAUGCUUUAAAAUGUAAUAUCGGAAAUUACCGGUAUCGGUUUCAAAAAGUAAAAUGUAUUACUAUUUAUAACGCCGCUGUGCGGAGUGGUACA